UCAGGCAUCUGGGUCUGUGGCUGUUGAUCAACUGCUCUCACAGUCCACAUGCUCUUGUUUAAGAAGCAUAUAAAUUGAAGCACAUAUAUGUAAUACCACUGCUACUUCACAAAAGCUCCUGAUACAUAAAAUCAACUAGCUUACAAAUACUUACUGCCCUUUUCUUUUCUUUUCAAUCUUGCCUGCCAAAUUUUGUUUUACUUGUUAUACUUUCAUGGCACCAAAUGGAGAAACACUUGUUGGCUCAUACUCUAACAGGGACAACAUUGUUCAAAAACCCAGUAGACUUUCAAUGGAAGGUCUUCAAAGAACAAUAUCAGAUAUUUCAUUUGAGCUAAGCAAAGAAACAGCGGCGACAGAUUCAAGUUCAAUUCUCCCACCAAUAACAGAGGUAGAAGAUGGAAAGUGCGAGUGUUGUGGCAUGUCCGAGGAGUGCACUUCUGAGUAUAUAAAACGAGUACGUGACAAAUUCUUGGGGAAAUUUGUUUGUGGGUUAUGCGCAGAAGCUGUCCAGCAGGAAAUGGCAAAGAAUGGAGGCAAAAAAGAAGACGCGUUAAAUGAACAUGUGAGUGCCUGUGUUCAGUUUAACAAGGUCUGUAGAGUGAAUCCUGUAUUGUAUCAGGCUGAAGCCAUGAGAGAGAUCUUGAAGAAGAGUGCGAGUAUUAAUAGAGCAAAGUCUAUUAGCCCUAGAGAUAGGGGUAGUGCUAGUAGCACGCAGAGGAAAGGUGGUAUUGCAAGGAGCUCUAGUUGUAUUCCGGCAUUAACAAGAGAGAUUAACGACCAGAGAAACGGUUAAACCAGUUCCAGUUCUUCGUGAUUUACUGUGUGUUCACUAAAGUUUCUUGGUGCGUGCAUGGUUUCAUGCUCAAAUCAUACAUAAAAUCAAGAAAUCUAAAAGGAUUCAACUCAGACUAUCUUGUGUAAAUAAAGAAAACCAUCUCUAGUGUCAGUUCUUCUUCCUUUUCUUCUUCUUCUUCUUCCAUGCAACAAACUUGAUCUUGUUCUUGGGCAAGACCUGGUUUGUUAUGCAUAUGUGUAACUGUUAUUAUCUUCUUUUGUAACAAAUGUUUUGUGUUUUGUAAUUAAUGAUAACUAAACUAACUUAAGCUAUCUAGUGAUUUAGAUUUUAAUGCAUAAUUUUACUUUUCCUAGUGUGUAUUUAUCGUCUACGAAUACAAUAAAAAAAGUAGCUUUUAUUUUUUUUCAA